AUGCCGCUUGAGGCGCGCGCGCGCCCGCUCCCGCCGCUUUCGGCGUGCUCCGCUGCGUCGCCGCGUGCGAGGCUGGCAGCCAGCCAGGCUGGCCUCCGGGGCGCGCUGGCGGAGCAGGCCGAGGCCACGCGCGGGGAGCUCCGGCGCCAGGCCAGCGAGUUGCGCGAGGCGCUGGCCGCGGGCCUGUCGGAGGAGCGGGCGUGCCGCGAGGUGGCCGUCCUCAGGCUGGAGGAGAAGAUCACCUUCAUGAGCAAUUUCUUCGCCGACAUCGGGCACCGGUUCGGGGGCGCUGCUCCCGAGAG